AGUAUUUUCUUAUACCAUAUUAAUUAUGCUUAAUAGUAAUGCAUAAUGCAAUAGCAGUUUAAAAAGAUAAAAUUAUUUAUAUUAUAACAUGUAAUGGUUUUGAAGUCAGUAACAAUGAGGCCCUUGCUUAUGGUGGUUCCUGGUCCAAGAGCUAGUGACAUGGAACUGCAAUGCAAAGUUCAAAACUAUGAGUGGGGCAAACGGGGUCUCAAUAGUACUGUUGCGAAAUUAAUAGCCAGUGCAGAUGCCAACUCUGUAAUUGAAUCUAACAAACCUUAUGCAGAAUUGUGGAUGGGUACACACCCUAAUGGGCCCUCACUUAUUAUUGAACGUGAUGUCUUGCUUUCGGAAUAUAUUAAAGACAAUCAAGAUGCAAUAGGACCUGUUGUGAAAAAGAAGUUUGGUAUACAAGUGCCCUUUUUGCUGAAAGUCUUGUCAAUAGAAAAAGCAUUAUCGAUACAAGCACAUCCAAACAAAGAACAUGCUGAACAACUUCAUCAGAGUUUUCCAGAGCGGUACACUGAUCCCAACCACAAACCUGAGCUCUCAAUAGCACUAACACCUUUUGAAGCCCUUUGUGGAUUCAGACUGUUACCACAAAUUCAAACAUUUUUAUCUAAACUACCAGAACUAACUCAAAUAUUGCCUCAAGAUGCUGUAGAUGCUAUUUUAGCACAUGAAGAACAAGGAAACAGUGAUAAAGUUCUGAAACAAGUUAUCAAGGCCCUAAUGUUAUGUGACAAGACUGCUAUAGCUAAUAGCUUAAAGAAUUUGCUAGCAAGAUUAGAAAAUGAAGAUCUCGAAACACAGUCAGCCUUGCUGUAUCCUUUGGUACGACGUCUGCAUCAAGACUACCCUGGUGACGUGGGCUGCUGGGCUCCUUAUUUUAUGAACUAUAUGCAGCUAAGGCCGGGCCAAGCCAUUUUUCUUAAAUCAAACUUGCCCCAUGCUUAUAUUAGUGGAGUUUCAGACUGCGUAGAAUGUAUGGCUUGUUCAGACAACGUAGUACGCGCCGGCCUUACACCCAAGCCGAUUGACAUAGAAACUCUCAUAGAGAUGUUAGACUAUAGCAGCUAUGCGCAAGAGCAGUUGCUAUUCAAUCCACAUAUGGAGGACGCAAACAGCUGCAUUUGGAGACCACCAGUGGCUGAUUUUGCUGUAGUCAAAAUUAGAGUGGAGAGUGAUGGUGAACCAUACAAUACCAUAAUCAGACCAAGCCCAAGUCUUAUAAUCAUUACAUCAGGCUCUGGAGAGGUGUGCGAUACUUUACCUAUCACGGCUAAGCCAGGAGUGGUCGUAUUCUUAAAAGCCAGUCGCCAAUUAACAUUAACACCUGCCAACAGAGAUCACAUUGAAGCCUACCAAGCCAUAUGCAAUGUAUAAACAAUUUUAAUUGCAUAUUUUAAAUACACAAUCGGGACUUAGCACGAUGUAAAAGUUUUUACAGGUAAGUAGUCUUACCUGCUUCUUUAUUGCCGACGUUUCCACGUGGUUUGCACUAUGUCGUAGUCACGACAAGACUGAAGUGACCGUCGUCUUUAUUUUGCAGCUCGCGCAGUCUACUCAGGUACCUCACAUUGUCACCAUUAUUAUCUGGAGUAACCCUACAGACCGCACUCACGGUAUCCACAUUACGUUUACAUCGCGUUAAGUCCCAAUUGUGUAUUUAAAAUAUGUGUAAACAACGCGAAAGUUUAAAAUAAACUAAUUCUAAUUGCAUUGCAAAAUCCAAAGGCUUUUAGCAGAGCGUCAAGUUAACAACCGCUAGUAUAGCGCUAGCCAUUGCGAUAAAAAAUUCUAUAUUUAGAUCACACUGCCAUCAGAUAGAGUGAAUUUAUUUCGUAUAUUAUUGAAAAGUAUGUAAUUUAUUUUGUCUUCACAAAAACCAGUUAACAGUGUUAAAAUUAUGUAAGUAUAAUUCGCGAGAGACUGGUGAUUAUUUUAGCUUAAAUAAAACAUAUAACAUUAGUAACCAGUAUUAUAAAUUGAAACUAGCGCAGCUAAUAUACUAAGUGCUAGUCACAGACUACAGAUAUAUAGUACGUCAUCGUCAUUUGCUUGUCAUCUGAUACACCAAAUGAAAAAAUAAAAUAGGUAAAAGACCUAUUUCUCUCAUGAUGCAAGGGAUAUGCAUUAGGUCUAAAAAUAAAAACGAUUCGGGAAAGCACAACACAUUCGUCGAUCACUGCCAGUCAGAAUUUUUAUUGUUAAUUUAAAAAUUAGCGACUAUGAGACAAUUUUAUGUAAAUGUAGAGGUAAAUAUGUAGACGUCUGGCACACUUCUCACUGUCUAUCUUGUAACGGACUUAGCAUAAAGAUAAAAAGUAAUGUUGAAGAGGGUGAAUAAAUCUAACAUUCUGCAAUAUCCAUUUAAAGUAAAUAUAAUAUAAAAUAUAAUAUAUAAAUAAAUAUUGUAAACCAUUUUAUUUCUUUCGACAUAAAUUUUCAAAUUAUUGUUGAAAGAAAUAAAAUUAAUUACAAUUUCAAAUUUAAACAUUGAACACGUGUAAAUUAAAAUAUAAUAAUGAUACUAGAACAUACAUAUUUUUGUCACAUCCUGCAAACUGUUAAAAUUCUUGACAAGCAUCUCCAUAAAAGUUAAUGAUAUUGUUCAAAAUAGUGAUCGUUUACAUGCUACGUGUCGAUGCACGGUAUGUACGUUUGCGCAGAUUCACAUAAACCUGUUUACGUGCAGUAAGCAGGUUUAUAUAAAACCGCUAUUAUUUCAGUAGAAAUUUCGUCGGCGGUAGUAAUAGUAACAAAUUAUCACAAUUCUUGACAAACAUACAUGAAAACUAUAUCAUUUAAUAAAGAAUACUGAAAAAUCUUAUAUAGCGAUUCUUAAAUACAAAAACAGUUAUUCUUUGGCCCAACUAUCCCAUGUUACUAUUCGGUAAAAUUACUAUGAACUUCUCUAUGGUAUCAACAAAUAUAGAAAUGCCAGUGUCGAAUAUGGUUUAAUUUAGAAUGGUAUUUUAAGCAUUUAUAAAUAGUGGUUCCUCUAUAUUAUAAGUUAUAUUCAAUUAAUACACAAAGUGUUCAAUAAGUGAGAUUUGUCUCUUAAGGGAUUUGGCAUGAAGACAUGUAGUUCGUAAUUACUACAUAUUUAAUAAAAAAAAAAAUAUAUUUUUCGAGAUUUUAUAAGUUGUAAUAUUAUGUUGUAUGCUAAUAAUUACAUUUAUGUAAUACUUUAAUUCUCAUUUCUAAUGGGUUUUCUCUUAAACCUGUAAUUUAAAAAUUGACAUUCUAUCAUAAAUUGUAAUUUUUUUCUUAUUUUAAAUGCAAUUAUAUUACUUUUGUAAUGUGACGAAAUUGAAUUUAGAGCCACAGAAGUGACCGCAUCAACUAUCUUAGGACAUACUCCCUUUUUUGUGCUGUAUUUCUUCCAAACAUCAAAUUAAUAAAUUAAACCCUCUAUAUCUUUUUUGCAUUAAGUUGGUCUUCUUUUCAAAUGAAAUGUUUUUGAUGAGAUUGAUACAAAUUACGGAUUCAAAGAUUACAGAGGUAAACAUAAUGUGUGUAUACAAAUUAUCACAAUUGUUUAAAUUUUAAUAACUACUGUUAUGAAAAAAAUCCAAUAUAUUUUAUACACUUUUGUUUGUUUAUUUUAAUUAUUAAAAUAAAUACCCAAUAUGAUUUAUAGAAUAAUACAUAUGAAUAUUUACAAGCAUUUAUACUUUUAAUAUUUCAAUAAAGGCAACUAGGUAAUAAAUGUUAAUUUUAUUUUGCAUUUAUAAAACAGCUUUUAUUAAUCAUGUUUCUAUUGAGAAUUAUAUAUAUUUUAAUUGUUUUACAUAGAACAUUAUAUA